AUGCUUUCUGCAAAACAUCUCCUAAAAUGCAAUCGUCCCAAACAGUCCUUCUCCAGUAACAAUGCCAUUUCUAUAUCUAAAACUGGCACCCCUUAUGAAAGCAAUAGCUUUUCUCCACCUGCGCGUCCUCGCGCCCUCCGUUGGGCCCAGCCGCCUCAGGCGAGUCCCCAAGGGGUCCCACCCGCCGCUGCCCCCCCUCCCCUUCCCGGUCGCUCGCCCGACCCCGCCCCCACCUCCCCGCAAGGUGUCGCCGCCGCCGCGGGCUCCCGGGAGGAGGCGCUUCGAGGCUGGCGGGAGGCUCCGGGUGACGCGGCCCGGCUUGGCCCGGCCGCCGCCCGCGGGAACAGCAAGGGGAGCAGACCCCACAGCCUGUGCCGCACCGGUGCUCGGAUAGGCGCCGCAGCCCCGGCGCCCCAUUACCUGCUCCGGGCAGCCGCGGCCGGCGGGAGGCGCGAUCGCUCUGGCCCCUGCAGCCCCGGGUCGGAAGACGAGGAGGCAGCGACCGCAGCCGCCGCAAAGGACAAUCAGGAGCCAGCGGGCUCGGCACCGCCUCGGCGGGCGCAGAACGCACGAGCCCAGCGGGAGCCCGGCCCCCACCUUCAGCCGGCGAGUAACCGACUUGGCCCCCUCCCUCGGAAGGGCGGGGCCACGGCUGGAGGGGCGGGCUGGGGCGGGACCAUAACGCCCGCGGGGCCGGAGCUCCUCAGACGCUUCGUAAGACGCGCCUGCUUAUAGGCUGCGACGGAGGUAGGCGUCUCGGACUUGAAGACGGCCUCGACAGCAGAGCUCUCUCAUUGGUCGGUAAGAGAAAACAAAGCAGAGGUCUGAUUGGUGAGAGCUCUGUAGCUCCUCUCCCUCUCCCCUCAAUCAUCGGAAGCUCCGCCCCUACCCGCUCGGUUCCCAGGUGGCUGCCGAAUGCGUUGUCUUACAGACCUGCAAAGUCUCCGAAGCGAAGAAACCCGGAUACCCAGGUUUCUUUGCCAGAGUCACCAAAGAAGUGGACAUUCAUUCACCAGGCCAGCCAAUCAGGCAUAGAUCUAGUAAGAACCUACUAUUUUGCAGGGAUAGGCUAGCUGUGGGGGUAUAAUAUUGAGUAUGAUACCAACCCAGGUGGAUCUACAGACAAAUUGUUACUGCACAAGUGGUUAGGAAAUCAAGGGUGCUAUGGGAACAGAAUCCAGAAAGGGCCAAGGAGAUCAUCCUGAAAGAAAUGAGGGAUCACUGAAUCAGUAGGGCGUCAUCCCAGUGAAAGGCUACAGGUUCUAGAUCCAGGGAGCCACAACAAAGGAACAUUGGGCCACGGUCCAGAAGAAGGAAAUCUAAGGCAAAGCCUUAGAAAGCAUUGCAGAAAAAAUCAACUUUCCCCACAUCGCAAGUUUGCCUAGCAUGGAUGAGCCCAGAAUGCGGAAACAAAAAUCCAAUUAGAAGCAGCAUUCUGAAAGCAUAAGAGCUGAGCAAAGCAUGAGAAGAAACAGACUGUUGUUUCACAUUAUCUCCUUCGUUUCUUCAACACAAGUCAUUAAAAAUUGCACACACACCCUUAUAACUAUGACAUUCCUUUUAGGAUAGUAAUGAGUUAACAGUAUUAAUCCUAUUUGGCCAGAAUUAGGACAGAGCUGAAGCCCUCGGAGUUAGAGAUCUGUUCUACCAGUUCUGGCCUUUCUCGUGCUUCUGACCAUGGCUUUCUCUUUACUGGUUGAACUCACACCAUUACCAGAUAUCUGUGAGAAAAGAGAGGCCCCCUCCCCACCCUGUACUGUGGAGGGCUAAUCAGUGGAAAUGCUGAGAAUGUCAAAAUAUCUUGGUGCAUCCAGCUGGUAGUGGCAGGUGAAUCAAAAGAUGCAGCAACUAAAUAAGUUAAAAAGUAAAUAAAAAAUGUAACCACUGAAAUGUAUGGCACAAUGCUUCAAAGCCACUGAAAAGUAAUCUCUGUGCCCCAGUAAUAGAGUUCAAAGAUUAAUGCUUAAGACAGAGGGGUAAUGUAGAAUCCAAGGGCAAAGAUAAGUCAGUCUUGACUUGAAAGACAAGAGGAACUUGGCUGUAGUUUUCUCUGUCUUCAAACCAGCCUCUUUCUACUCUCCCAUUCUCUAGAAAACAGCUUUCGGGGCUCCAAAGUUCAGCAGUCAAAGUAAAGCUACCUUAGUGCUCUCCAACCCCCAACCUAAUCAACUACCUUGACACAAUCCCAAAUUCUAUGGAGAGAAAAUACGAGUGGCUAUGCCUGGUCCGUCUCCACUCUACCCCACCACCUGUGAUCAUGGAGGUGUGGGGAGAGUGGGGACCACCAACAUGGCUGCCAGGGCCCAUCUCUGUUGACAGCCAGUGACUUCCCAGAGAACAGGCACUAAACAGAUUGCCAGAUAGGCAUGCAUCCCACCCCCGCUACCCAACGUUCUGUGGAGUCAGUCAGUGGGGCUCCAUUAUCUAUUCAGUGAAAGUCUUUGCCUGUCCUUUCACACUAAGACGGAGGCCCAGAGGCCAAGACCAAAGUCUUCAAUGGUGACUGCCUGCUUUCUUGAAAUCUUUAUUUCAGUUGGUUUCCAGACACGAAGUACCCCUGUCUCUUCCACUUUCGAGCUGCCAUUCCCAUUUAAGUCUUCUACUGAUUCCCAAUUUCCCUGUGUCAAGUAUACCUCUUGACACUGAUUUACCUAAAGAGCAAAAGCACCUGCCAGGUUGGUGAAUAUCCGUGAACACUGCUCUCGGCUCAGCUGAAACCAGCACGUAGCACAGUCAGGACCAAUGAAAUGAUACAAGCAGAAGGUGGACCUUCACCUGCCCAUGUUCCUUCGACACUUACUCAGAUGAACAUGUGGGCAGUCCCAUAACUUCUCUGAUAGCUUUUAGAUAACAAAAAUCCUUUGAUCAGUUUAAGCCAUAAAAUAUAGUUUUCAUUGAGAAAUUUUCAUAUGAAUGCCAAUACACUUUGAUCAACACUUCAAGCUUCAUUCAGAUAGGCCUUCCCUCCACUCCCUCAGCCAGGGUCCCAGGCAGGCUGGGUCCUCCCAGGAGGGGGAGAAGGAACGGCCUCCAAAUUCACAAGGUAAGGAGAGGAGAGUACUCCAAAGAUCCAGCAUUCGUGCUCAGCUCUUCCUGCUGUGGGGAGACGGGGAGACGUUGCUCUGGGCCUGGCCAAGGACUACACGGAGCACUUCCCCUCUCAGGUGCUUUCUAACAAUCUUAGAGACCUGAACUUGAAACAUCUGACUUUGUCUCUCCUGUCCUGGUCAAUGCAGUUUUCUCUGGCUGCUGCUUCCCGCGCCCAGGAGGACCCUUAGUUUCUGGUUCCCGGAAGGCUACUUUCUACAAAUUCUCCGCUUGAUCUCCAGGUGUUGCUCUUGGGCAAGAUUUACACAUCUCCAGGGGCGCCUGGGUGGCUCAUUCGGGUGAGCGUCUGACUUCGGCUCAGGUCAUGAUCUCUCAGUUUGUGAGUUCAAGCCCCAUGUCGGGCUCUGUGCUGACAGCUCAGAGCCUGGAGCCUGCUUCAGAUUCUGUGUCUCCCUCUCUCUCUGCCCCUCCCCUGCUCACGGUCUGUCU